UGCUCUUGUUGACACAGAGGCUAUCACACCAUCAUGAAAAGUCUGAAAGCAAAGUUUAAAAAGAAUGAGAGUCAGGACUGGAGUAAGAGUGAUGAGAGGCUCCUGCAGGCUGUGGAGCAGAAUGAACUGGACAAAGUGUCGGUCCUCAUUAUCAAAAAGGGUGUCUGUCCCACCAAGCUGGAUGCUGAGGGCAAGUCGGCGUUUCACCUCUGUGCAUCCAGAGGUCGACUAGACUGUCUGGAGGUAAUCAUCUCUCAUGGAGCAGACGUCAAUAUCACUGAUGGGGCUGGCUUCAGCGCACUUCACCUUGCAGCCAAAAAUGGCCAGCCAGAGUGUUUAAAGAGGCUGUUACAGGAGAGGAUGGCUGUAGAUUGCACCGACAGCAUUGGUAGGACACCUCUUCACCAUGCAGCGGUUAGUGGCUGUUUAUCCUGCACUGAAAUCUUGUGGGACUUUAAAGCUAAUCUGGACGUCCAGGACAGUGACGGGGUCACUCCUCUGAUCCUAGCAGCCCAGAUGAGCAGAGCAGAGCUGUGUGUCUUUCUGUUGGGUCGAGGUGCCAAUGGAAACAUACAGGACAACCAAGGAAGGUCUGCAUUGAUGGUGGCCUGUGAGAGUGACAGUGCUGAGACCGUAGCCGUCCUGCUGAGAGGCGGUGCUAACACACAGCUGGUUGACUCCCUUGGACACAAAGCUAGCGACUACAGUGCAACCACCGGUAACCAACGCAUCACGCAGAUGUUGCAGGACGGAGUACCUCCAGCAUCUGAGGGCGCAGGCGAGGAGAUCCAGGGUUUGCCCCCCUCUCCACUACCUCAAAGUCCAGCUCCUCCUGCCCAGUCCCCUGAGCCCCAGCAGUCCCAGUCUCCCUCUCCCCAGCCUCCAGAAUCCCAGCAAUCAGCCCAGGCAGAAGAUGAGGAAGUGUUUGAGGAGAUCCGUCGACUGCGUCUGGAGAGAGGCCGUCUGCUGCAGAAGAUCAAAACCUUGGAGCAGCAGCAACAGAGUGCUCUGUCCGCAAUGGAGGAGUUGUCCAAACUGAAGCAGCGUCUAGAGGAAGCAGAGGCAGAGAGAGAUAAGCUGCUUGAGGAGCUCAAGGGGGCCCAUGGUAUUGGAGCCAGUGACUCUGAGGACAUGGAUGAAAUGUUGGACUUCCCAGAAAAGCUGCUCUCUAAGCGCUCCAGAGCCUCCCCUGCUCAGGAUGAGGCCACUUCUCAAACAGACACUGACGCAGCCAGCCCCUCUCCUGCCCCUGCAGACCCAGGAACUGUUGCUGAGCUGCGUAAACAAAUAGAGGAACUUACCUCACAGAACUCUGAACUGGUCCUUAAAGUGCAGAUGCUGGAGAUGUUCGAGAAGGACGACACAGACAUGCAGACCUCCACUUCGGACUUUGUCCCCAUUGUCCAGUAUGAGACCCUCAGAAAAGAGUAUGAAUCCCUACAGGAACGCUUCUCUCAAGCCCAAGCUUCGGAUGAGGCCUCCAGUUUGGCAAAGGAGCAAAGUGAUGCCAAGUCUCAGGAAGGAGCUGCAGAUGCAGAGAGUACAGAAGCUCUGAAGGAGAAGCUGCGUGGGCUGGAGGAGCAGCUGGCCUCUGCCCAGUCUGAACUCGAGGAGCUAAAGGAGCAGAUGCGCCUCGGGGUGCUUUCUGUGGAGUGUGGUGAAGGAGAUAUUCCCGCAGCAGGUGCAGGGGCUGCAGAGGAGGGUCCAAGCCAGGAGGCACAGCAGCUGAGAGCCAGGGUGACGGAGUUAGAGGAGGAGCUUGUUAAGAGACAGGGCGAGGCUGGGGGUCAGAGCAGCCAGGACAGUGACACAAUCAAACAGCUGACGGAGAAAGUAAAGGAACUCCAGGCUGCUCUGGCCCAGAAAGAGUCGAUGAAAGAGGAAGGGGAGAAAGAAGACAAAAGAGGAGAUUCAGAAACAGUGAAGAGUCUACGUGGCAAAGUUGCUGAGUUGGAGGCAGCGCUGGCAGAGAGCAGGACGUCCGGGAAAGAGGGAGGAGCAGCAGGAGAUGGAGAUCACGUCCGCCGUCUUCAGGAGCGAUUGGGUGAGCUAGAGGGAGAGCUGAGAAAGUGUGUCCCUCGAUCUGAAUUAGAGGAGGUACAGGUGGCUCUGGGCCUCCAGUGUGAGCAGCUGGCAAGGGAAAGGGCGGAUGUGGCUAGAAGGCUCAACGAUGCCCUCCUGGAGCUGGAGAGACUCAGACCCCCUCUACGUGGUGAUGAGGAGGAGGAGGAAGAGGAGGAGGAAGAGCAUUCUGAGAGCUCAGAGCCCUCAGUCGUAUCAGAGCACUCCAGGCGCACUUUGGCAGCAGUGAGAGAAGAACUGGAGGUGGCCAGGCAGGAAGCAGCCCAGGCUCUGGACUGCCUAUGUGCAGAGCGGGAGGGCCGGGCACAGGACGCCCUGCAGCUGAAAGACGCCGUGCCUCUUUCAAAACAUAAGGAGGCGCUGUCUGCGGUGUCAGAGCAGCUAGCUCAGACACUGCAGGAGCUCCAAGAGGAGAAGACCCUUCGGGGCCAUGCUGAGGAGCAGACCGCCAAACUAGAAGCCAAACUGCAGGACAUGCAGGACGCCAUUUCCAAAGAGGAACAUGAGAAAAUCAAGGCUGCCCUGCAGGCCAGUGAGAGUAAUGCAGCAGCAGCUCAGGACGCUCUGACUGAGAAGGAGAUGGAGUUGAGAGAACUAAAAUCCCUGAAGGCCGCGGAACAGGGUCUGAUCUCUAAGGAGGACCAUGAGGCCCUGCGGCUCUCUUUGCAGGCUGAGAUCAACGCCAUCACAGCUCGUUUCAAUGACCUCACUCGAAAACAUGAGAAGACCUGCACUGAGGUGUUCCAGGUGCAGAGGGAGGCGCUGUUUAACAAGAGUGAGCGGCAGGUUGCAGAGUCCCAGCUGGCCACAGUCCAGCAGCAGCUUGCAGAACUAAAGGCCCAGUCCAGCCACAUCCAGGAGCUCCACAAGGGUAUCCAGGAGUCCCAAGGCCUGGUCAAAGAGAAGGACCGCAAGAUAACAGAGCUGUCAAAAGAAGUGUUCCGUCUAAAAGAAGCUCUGGGAGCUCUCUCACCUCCUCUUGGCAUCACGUCCUCCUCCUCAUCUACCCAUCAAGGUAAUCCUGGACAGCAAAUGGCACUGCAGAACAGGAUUGGAAUACUCACCCAACAGCUCCAGGACUGGGAGCGAAAGCACAAACAAGUGGUGACUGUAUACCGUUCCCAUUUACUGGCAGCUGUACAGGGCCGUAUGGAUGAAGAGGUGCAGCAUUUGCUCCUCCAGAUCCUGAGUAUGACACAGCAGUGACUCUUUUCUGCAAGUCUCUCUCCACCUCCAGUCCAGCAGCCUGUGGGACCAGUAUCAUAAAGACUGUGUCUAGAAAGCCAAAUAAAAUGAUCUGUGGUCAGACAUACAGUAGCUGCAUGCUUACAAUAUAGUAACCUAAACAAAAGCCUUAAGGCUUGACUGAAAAACCAGAACGUGGAGUGCCUUCAUUAUCAGGGGUUUAUGAUAGCUGAGUGUAUGUGGAUACAGAGCAGUUAUUUAGACGAUAGAAUCAGGUGCACUGAUUGUGGAAAAACCCUAUUGAUUUUAUACAAUAUUGUUAUAAUAAAAUAGAAAAAUAACUGC